GUCGGCAGGAUAACGUCGACAUCUCGCGCGAGCCGAAUCAUCGUUAAUGUCACGAUUCAGGGAGUGUUCAGCUAGUCGUAUAAAGUCGUGACUCGCGGGAAUACUGAAUUCUCAGAUUGUUAGUUACCAGGAGCGUCCAGCACUUAUGCUGGAGCAUUAAUUGAGCGCACGGUAACCCCCUCUGAGUUUACGGUGUCCACCUCGAGGUCGCCCGAAGGCACGCGCAUCCCGGCGUCGACGCAUCGGCGACACAACGCGAGUGGAGAACGCUGCGGCCUAAGGUGCACGCAUACACGGCCGCCAGUAUAUCGGGCAACAAAAUGGCAGCGAGCGACUCUGCCACAGACGACAGCCUCUAUCCGAUCGCGGUUCUGAUCGACGAGCUGAAGAAUGAGGACGUCCAGCUACGUCUCAACUCGAUCAAAAAAUUGUCAACGAUUGCACUGGCUCUGGGCAUCGAACGAACGCGAAGCGAGUUGAUACCAUUCCUGACCGAGACCAUCUACGAUGAGGAUGAGGUCCUUCUGGCACUGGCCGAGCAGCUCGGCACAUUCACUCCCCUCGUUGGUGGGCCAGAAUACGUGCACUGUCUAUUACCACCGCUGGAAUCUCUGGCGACCGUGGAGGAGACGGUAGUCCGCGACAAGGCUGUUGAAUCUUUAAGGAAUAUUGCGGCGCAGCAUAGUCCUGCGGAUCUAGAAGAGCACUUUGUGCCCUUGGUGCAACGCUUGGCUUCAGGGGAUUGGUUCACAUCAAGGACAUCGGCAUGCGGCUUGUUCAGCGUUUGUUAUCCGAGGGUGAGCCCAACCAUCAAAGGUGAACUACGAAAUCACUUUCGCAGCCUGUGCCAGGACGAUACACCCAUGGCACGACGGUCAGCUGCCUCUAAAUUAGGUGAAUUCGCGAAAGUCGUGGAAAUCGAGUAUCUUAAGUCUGAUUUAAUACCCAUGUUUGUUAUACUCGCUCAGGACGAACAGGAUUCGGUUCGUCUUUUAGCCGUUGAGGCGUGCGUCAGUAUUGCGGCGUUGCUGCAGCAGGAGGAUGUCGAACAAUUGGUCAUGCCUACGCUCCGCCAGAGCGCCAGCGAUCAGUCAUGGCGGGUUCGUUACAUGGUGGCGGACAAGUUUACGGAUCUUCAAAAGGCUGUCGGCCCGGAAAUCACGAAAACGGAUCUCGUACCGGCGUUUCAAGUGUUGCUGAAGGACAUCGAGGCGGAGGUGCGGGCCGCCGCGGCUGACAAAGUCCGCGACUUCUGUCAGAAUCUUGAUCAGUUCAACCAGGAAUCCAUAAUAAUGACCAACAUAUUGCCGAUAGUCAAGGAACUCGUCGCGGAUCCCAACCAGCACGUGAAGUCGGCUUUGGCGAGCGUGAUCAUGGGAUUGAGUCCCAUCCUCGGCAAGCACAACACGAUCGAGCAUCUGUUACCCCUAUUCCUGUCGCAGCUUAGAGACGAGUGUCCCGAGGUGCGACUCAACAUCAUCAGUAAUCUGGAGUGCGUUAACGAGGUCAUCGGUAUACAGCAACUCUCGCAGUCGCUCUUACCCGCCAUCGUGGAGUUGGCCGAGGACUCCAAGUGGCGCGUGCGACUGGCCAUCAUCGAGUACAUGCCGUUGCUGGCCGGACAGCUUGGUGUAGAAUUCUUCGACGAGAAGCUGAACUCGCUGUGCAUGACCUGGCUGGUGGAUCACGUUUACGCGAUCCGGGAGGCGGCGACGUUGAAUCUGAAGAAACUCGUGGAGAAAUUCGGCGCUGAAUGGGCGCAGAAUACGGUGAUACCGAAAGUCUUGGCCAUGUCCAGGGACCAGAACUAUCUUCACAGGAUGACGUGCCUGUUCUGUAUCAAUGUUUUGGCGGAAGUGUGCGGUCCGGAGAUAACGACGAAGGUGAUGCUUCCAACCGUAGUGGCGAUGGCAGCUGACAACGUCGCGAACGUGAGAUUUAACGUCGCCAAGACCCUCCAACGAAUCGGGCCGUUCCUCGAGCCGUCGGCAGUCCAGACUCAAGUGAAACCGAUCCUCGACAAACUCAACGCCGACAGCGACGUGGACGUGAAAUACUUCGCUUCAGAGGCAAUUACUGGUACUGCAGCGUAGGUUGAGGAGUACAGAGUGCAUUUAUCACUUAUUCAACAAUAAUCGAUUUAAACUUGAAGAGAGAAACGAGUAACAUGCGAUAACACACGAUAUUUCACUUUACAUACGGCAACAGGUAAUAUUAAUGCACUGUGUCGAAACAGGCUUCAACAAUGAGGCAUACAAACUUUAAUUAGUAUAUCAUGUGUGUAUGUGUGUUAAAAACCGUAUACCUUAAGUUAUGUUGUAUUUGUAUAUCUUAUAUAUAUAUAUACUUUAUUCUGCAUUAAGAAGUACAUUAUUCGAUUUUAAUUGGUAUUUCUCUAUAUUCUCUAUAUAUUUCUCAUAUAUAAUUGUAAUUGUCUUAAAAAAAUACUAUAAGCGUAAUAAAAAUGUA